AGAACCGUGUUUGUUUUCCGAUAACCGACAGACACCGGGCGAAGAGUUCAAUACCGAUACGGAUUUACUUUACUGUUAAUAUGCGCGCCAAGUAAAGUUCAAUGUUUUCAAUGGUGUUACAAAUUAAAAAAAAAUAUUAUAAUUCAAUAUAUAUAUAUAUAAAUUACUAUAUCUAGAUAACCCGAACUAUAGGAAACUAACGUGUACUCGGCCCUUGUAAUGAUGUUGAGCACGUUUACAACAAUCGUGUUUUCACAUUGCUCUUAACACUUACUAUUACUGUUGCCCGCGUUUACUAUAUUUGUUAUAUAUUUAUUAUUAUUAUUAUUAUUUUUAAAUGUCGGUCAAGACGACUACCGCGUUUUUUGUGGCGUUAACGUUGAUCGUCGUCAACGUUAGCCACGCUGAAGGAUUUGCCCUACAAGCCAAAAAGCUGUACGAUUGGCCCAACACAGAAAACGAAAAACAAAACUCUGUGCCCAGAGUAACCGUUUCCAUUUACUAUGAAAGUUUAUGUCCGGAUUGUAUUAAUUUUUUUACCAACCAAUUGGCGCCGAAUUUAGUCAAAUAUUACAAAUAUUUGAACUUGGAUUUCUUACCUUACGGCAACUGUAAACAAGAAAAAAUUGAUGGAAAAUGGAACUUCACUUGUCAACACGGAGCACCAGAAUUUGCCAAAAACAAGUGGCAAGCUUGUUCUAUUAACGUUUUACCGUCUAAACCAAAAUGCUUGGCCAAGUACAUCACAUGUUACAUGACUUCUGUGCAUAAAUCGCACACCGGAUACCUAUGUGCAAAAAAGCUAGGAUUAUUGCAAUCGUAUAAAAAAAUCAAAGAUUGCUACCAAAACGAUGACUUCAGCAAUGAACUGAUGGCACACUACGGCAAUCGAACCCAUUCGUUUACACCACCUUUAAAUUGGAUGCCUUCGAUCGUAUUUAAUGGCGUGUACAACAAAACCGACCAACAAGACGCUGAAAACAAUUUGCCAAAAGCGAUUUGCCGGCAUUUAAAUCCUAAGCCCGCCAAGGUUUGCUAAUAGCAAUUCGACAAAUCGGAAACUUUUGUUUUUUUUUUGUUUUUAUAGUAUUCCGUCCAACGACAAAGCGAUAUUUUAUUGUAAUUAUUGCGUUAUGUAUAUUUUUUUUCUUACAUAAUAUGUAUAUUUUCGUGUUAAUAAGUUUGUAAAAAAAUCAAAUUGUAUAGCUAAUAACUCGAAACUAUAACGUGUGUAAUUUGUUUUUAUUCAAUAUAGUGACAACACGGUUA